AUGCCCACGUUUCAGAGCAAAAGGUUUCGGACCGCGAGCGACGCCAGCAAGCUCGGCAUGCGGUACCGCGCCCUCAUCAGCAAGCGCCCGUUCCUCAGCUUCGGGCUGCCGUUUGUGGCCGUCGUCAUCGCCGGGUCCUUUGUCCUGACGCCGGCCACGGCGAUCCGGUACGAGCGCCAGGACCGCAAGGUGCGGCAACUGACAAAGGACGAGGAGCUGGGCGUGCGGCGGUCGGCGCGCAAGGUGGACAUGAAGGAAGAGUAUUACAGGCUGGCGGGUAGAGACCUGGACAACUGGGAACAGAAACGGGUCGAGAGACUGCCGGGCGAGAGCGAUGGCAUCCUGAGAUGA